GUGUUACCUCAUUCUUGGUUCAUGUUUCCUCAGUCUGUGGAAAAGCAGAAAACAUCACCCUUCAGAAGACAGUGACCUCUACCAGGUGGCCCUGGCAAGCAGCAAUCUAUCGGGCGGCCAAUGGGGUGAAGGAGAACAGUCUCCGGAAAGGGGCCUGGAUCCUGAUCUGCAGCGGGGCCCUGGUGAAUGAGCGCACUGUGGUGGUGGCAGCUCACUGCGUCACUGACCUGGGCAAGACCAUCGUGCUCAAGGCAGCAGAGCUCAAGGUGGUUCUGGGGAAAUUCUACAGAGAUGAUGACAGGGAUGAAAAGACCAUCCAGAACUUGCGGAUUUCUGCCAUCAUAGUGCAUCCCAAUUAUGACCCUAUAUUACUUGAUUCUGACAUAGCUAUCAUAAAACUCUUGGACAAAGCCAGAAUCAGCAGUCGUGUUCAACCUAUUUGUUUGUCAUCUUCCCACGACUUGACUUCAUCCACAGAGGAUUUAAAAAUAAUGGUUACUGGCUGGAAGGUAUUGGCUGACAUUAAAGAUCCUGGAUACAAGAAUGACACGAUCCGCAUGGGAGUUGUUCGGAUGGUGGAUUCACUGUUGUGUGAGCAACAGUAUGAGGAGAAUGGGAUACAAGUCAGCAUCACUGACAGCAUGUUCUGUGCCGAACAAGAUCACACAGUCUUUUCUAAUAUCUGCCCUGCUGAGACUGGUGGGAUUGCAGCCAUAUCUUUGCCAGGAAAAGCAUCUCCUGAGCUAAGGUGGUACCUCAUGGGAUUGGUGAGCUGGGGUUAUGAUAAAACUUGCAGCCUAGAACUCUACAGUGGUUACACCAAAGCUCUUCCUUUCAAAGACUGGAUUGAGAAGAACCUGAAAUAAAGAUCUGUGUCUGGAAAUGGCAUUUUAUAACUAUCAUAAUAUCUCUCAGUCUCUGCUGCUUUAGGCUUCCCAUCCGAGUCACAAGCCACAUCUGGGAUAAGGUUAAAGCAGACAGCCUGGUAAUUUGUCCUAGGACCACAUGUUCCAUCACUGUACUUCUACUUAACCCGUGACAGAGGGCCUUACUGCAUGAGAAAUUUUGCCGUAUUUCGCCUGUCUCCCCUGGUGGGAGGACGAUG